GGACGAUGUCGGAAUGAUAAACUGUCCUGGGAAGUCAGUCUGAAACGCUGGGGAUGGCCUGUUUAGGAUCGUUUAUCCAUAAUACUAAGUACAAGUUCGGUUUUUAAACCAUUGACACGUCUGUUUACGUUGACCCGCCGCUUUAUGGGCCGUCUUUUUUCGGUAGAAAACGCUCGGGUUCAUCAGUUGGUCGUUGUUGACACCAUGACUGAGUAUUAAAAUAACGGUUCUGUGAGUCGGUAGCCUCAGGAUAUUUAGGUAUUUUUUCACGCGGAAGUGAAAGUACUUCAAAUAUGUGAAGAAACUCUGACCGUUUUGCGUAUAUUUCCUCGCCUUAACUGUACAGGACGUAGUUCGUAUAACACCAAGCGUAGAGCUUUGUAUGGGAUUUUUGUAUCGACUUUCUGUCACUACAUGAAUGAAUCUUCACGUUCAGAGCUGUUUGGGAGUGUUUUUGAAGGAAAGUGAAAGAGUACAUCUACCGAGCUCCUCACUUUACAACAUGUUGUCAUUCACUAGACAACAACCAAGUGGACUGUCUGCUGACCCAUCCGUGAGAGCUGUAAAAAUGCUUUAACUGCGUAAUCCAGUUGUGUGCGAUUCCAUGUCCUCCAUGCCCUUGUUGGCAUCUAAUGGAAGAAAAAGCACCUGUCAGGUCUGCCAUGGUAUCUAGAUUGCCUAAGUUUGGUGGACGCUCCACUGGUGGAACAAGCCCUUUGUCCAAUGGUUCCACACAACCAGCCGCCCCUACACAGGAUGGUAAGACCACGCCCCCUGGAACAAGACCAAAUGGUGUGAUCCGCGCAUCUCCAUUCUCCCUGAAAUGGAAGAAAGAUGAGGGGACAACAUCCUCCAGCUCUGCUACCCCCAGUAACCCUGUGGAGGGGGGAGAAGAUAAAGCUCAGAAGCAGCUUCCCCCAAUAACAAAGGAGAUAAAAAAUGGACCCCCAUCAACACCCAAGACACGAAGGUCAGGUUCUUUGACAGUAGCUGUCUCGAGUCCCACAACCAUCCCCAAGCAAUCCUUGAAGAUGAGUUCCAAAGUGGGGUCUAAGCUAGGCCAAAGUCCUCUGAAUGGAGGCCCCAAAAAUGGCUUUAAUAGCCCCAGCAUUCCUGCAAGAACAGGAUCAGAGUCCCGCCUCUUGUGUCCAAGUUUGGGCUCUAGCUCUCCCAGAAGCAGUUCUCAGGACAGCCUGUCCCAGUCCAGUGACAGCCUGAAGACCUUGACAUUGGACAACAUGGUGCGAUCAAACAGUUUCACCCAUUUCAAGCAGAUUCCCUCUCCCACAAAUCAGCCUAUGAAGCGGUCCUUCUCUUUCAACCGAGCUGUGGAGCUCGCAAAGCCUCUGGCAAACACUCAGCUCCAACCUCGUAGGAGUAGUUUCCUCAAACCUCCUCAGCUGAGCAAUGGAAGAGUGGGUGUAGGACUCAGUGGCAUGAAUGGCAGCCUUGGAGUCUCAGGGGGUGGAAGUGGAGGACUGGGAGGAUUUCAGUAUAGUAGAACCCCUCCAACUUCCUCGUCUCUACCCACACUUUCAAUUCCUCCAGCACCCGGUACUCCAAGGACUCUGAGGAAACCGCUGCUCCCCAGCUGUGUUCUGACCAAGCCACUUAGCAGCAAUGGGGGGUCUUUGGGCUACAGGCUGGCUCGGUCUGGGCAGUCCAAGCAGCAGAAGCCUCUUUUCCCAGGUAGGGUUAAGGGAGAUAUCAAACCCUCAACUGCCUCUGAAUGUACAGGGCCUGUAAAAAAAGAAAUAGACAAUGAGCAGACUGGUGAAGUUGAUCCACAAAGUGAGAGUGACGGAUGCCCUGCAAAUAGAGGAAAAGAUGGAGGAAAUGGGGUGCUUUUGCAGAGCUCUGGUCAGACAGCAGGUGAGACUCUAGAGGACAUGUCUUUAUCUUCUGCCUCAUCCCUAGAUAGAGUCGACAUCAGUGAAGAGUUUCUAGAUGACCUUGACAGUGUGGGAGAUGUAUUAAGUGAUGGGGACCUGCCUGAUAACAAGAAAACUGGCAAGACUACUCAGACCCACCUACAAAGCUUUAUAAAUGAGACCCUUGACUGGGACAGUAUGGAUCUGGAAGGACAUAAAGAUGACAGUCCUAUGCAGGACUCUCAGGGCCCACUGAUGUCUUCAGAGCAGGCUGAUGGCCUUCAGGCUUCAUCUUUGGAGCUGUCUCCCUCUAAUAGCUCUGGUGGAACCUACAUGUGGGAUGAGGAUGGACUUGAGCCACUUGGUGGGACAAGGACACUUCCAUAUGACAGCUAUGAUGAUUCAGAUCUCAACAGCAUGGAUAUCCUGAACAACCUGGACCCCCAGGGAAACGGAGAAUUGGAUGACGAUGACCUCAUGCUGGAUGUGGACCUUCCUGAAGAUGGACUGCAUGACUCUGACAGGAUGUCUCACAUUGAGCGCUCAGAGAGGGCUGGUCGGCAGGGACAGCGACGUAAACACCACCGCUGGAGUGGACCAGAAAACUUCCACAAUGAUAGCAGGGCCAAUGUCUACCAGCACUAUGAUGGUCUCAAGGCUUCAAGGAUCUCUUCACAGUCGGUCCCCUCUGAAGGCAGGCAGCAUAGCUAUGUGUCGGCUCUGGAUGAAAUUACUCUCAAACAUAUGAGUCAGGACUGCAGUUCCCUGAAGAACCAACUGCUCAGGCUCAAAACACUACUGCAGCUUGAGGAUUCAGAUUCUUUAGCUGAAGUUCCUGAGGACAUUGAAGACAAUACCACUGCAACACAACUAGGGGAGCUGAUUAAGGAAGUGCAGGUUCUCAGAGAGGAGCUCAGGAGUCGAGACAAGACCAUCGCUCAGCUCACACUGCAGUGCCAACAACUACAACAACAUCAUCAGCAGGAACAAAUGCCUGCUCAAGGACGACAAUUCAGGUGCCAGUGCAACCACCAAAGGGUGCCCUCUUCACUGCGACAGGGGGACAGACAGAUGGACAGACGGCUGCAAAAUCACUAUGACAAGGCCACCCAGACGCAUUGGAGACCGCAAAGCCAUGCUCCUCAAGUACUACAGCCCUUCAACCCCUGCCUCAACGAGGGCCUCCACCAGGGAAGAAUAGUAAAACCUCCCCACACAGAGGGCCACAGUGACCUCACACAGAGCGGAUCAGAGGAAGCAACAAAGACAGAUGCUGACCGUCCUCUUCAAGACCUUAGGAUGGACAUGGACGUGGACGACCUGGGUCAUCCGCUAGGCACCUUCCUGCACCUCCCGGACUCGGAGGCUUCACAGGGGGUAACCGAUAGAGAGAGUCCAGCAACAGCUGCUCUGUGUGCAGCGCAGCAUGAGCGCAGAGCCCCCUCUGUGAAACUGCAGAGCUCUGUCACUCCCAGACAUGCUGCUGGUUCGACGUGCCCUCGCAUGCUGCAGCCUCCUCGCCUUCACAAGCGCGUGUCUCUCCCAGCGCUCAAGCCAGGGGGCGCUGGCAGCUUGGGACCUUCGCUUAGCCCCCUGGCUAACCACAGCAAGCAGCUGCCCCCUCCGACCAGAGGCCUUCCCUGCUUUAAUGCUGGACCCCAGGCGCACGCUCCAAGUCUUUGUCGCACUUCACUGCUUCAGCCUCGCCGAGCAUCAGAGCCUUGCAGGAAUCAGCGGAGCACUGAGUCCAGCCUGGAGGAGCCUGACCAGGGGAUGCUGAAAAACCCCAGGCCAGCUAAGAUGCUGAUCCCUCUGAGUUGCUCGUGCCUCCCCAAGCCAAAGAUACCCUGAGGAGCUUCAAAACCACCCUUCAAAACUUCCAACUGGAAUCACUCUGACAUCAAAAUUCAGCCCUUAACCUCUUCUGCAUUGACACAGUGUGAUGGUUUCACCUUUUAAGUGUCAUUGAGUAUCACAUAAAGCUCAUUAUUACACAGCUAUUAUUCAGGGACAUCCUGUGCCGAUGACUUUUUGCUGUAUUGUUUUGUAAAUCAGUUUCAGCCACUCCAACCGGAUUUUUCGAUGAAACUCUUGUAUUCAGUAGGAUAUUAUCUUUAUAACAAUCCAUAGCCAUGUACAAGUAUUCAUAACAAGCAUCAUGUAUGGUUGCAGAUACAUAUAAAUGUUCAGUUUUUAGCCUUGCAUAAAAAUGCUGCUGAUGCAAAGCAAUGAAAGUA